CCGUGACCUCGCGUACUGUCGGACACACUCCGCGCUAAGUGACGGUCAUCGCCAUGUCCGGUUCUUCCCCAUCGCCAUCUCCCCACGAUCCGGCUUCGAACGUGUCGCCGGCAGACCGAGUUCUCAUCGAGUAUUUGCGGUCUCGAGGCUACUCUGCUUCCGAAAAAGCCUUGCUUGAAGAUGGCGAAGGAAGCGAGGACAAAGGGAAACAGUCUGAAACGAUCACUCCCGAAGACCUUCUGAAGGCACUGGCUGUGUUUGCCAGAAUCCGUCCCGUCCAGGAGAGAACGUUCUGAAAGAUUCCGGGAAUGUGCUACAAGAAUUGACUGCUAUGGGCAACCCAAGCAAUAUACAGAAUCUCUUGGCCAGCAUCGGAGCUGUUGGAGCGGAAGAUAUCCUCUCUAUGGAUCCUGCGGACAGACACGAGGGAUAUCGAGAGCUCGAAUCAUGGGUCGACGGGUCCCUGGACAUGUAUCGACCUGAGUUCCGGCCUAUCCUCUUCCCCAUCUUUUGCCAUUUCUAUCUUGAUCUGGUCGAACGCGCGUUGAAGGAUGCUGCCAUAAAAUUCUAUUCUACAUUCGCCCCGUCGCUGAUCGCCACUCAUAGCGUUACUGUCCACCACCUUUCUACCCUUCUUCUACCGGCUCAUGUCCAAAACGAUGAUGUGGCUCAACGUUUCAGAGAUGAAAAAUAUGUUGUCCGCAUGAGCCGCUCUGGUUUUGGGCUGCUGAUAGGUUGGUUGACUGAAGGCGUCGGUGGGGAGGCGUUUGGUUCUGGCGACGGAUUUACCGGAGAAUUGGGCAAACGGGGCAGAGUUUCAGUGAUGAGAGUUGUCAAUAACCACUUGAGGUUCGACAUAACGGCAUCUAACACGACAUCGAUAUCUCCCAAUGCCUGGGAAGAAUCCACUGGACUACUAUCCUCGUUGAUCCCGUCUGCUUCAAGCAACAACAAAGACAUCCCAAUCCGCAGCAGUUCAAUUCUCAAGGGCGAGCUCAAACUGGGUCCAGCGCCGUUAUCCGAAGAACUUCGGAAUGAGACUCAACGUGUUUUGCGAGAGCAGGCUCUGGUCGACCGAGAUCCGACCGCACAGUACGACGUGCAGAGUGCGAGACAAACGCUGCCAGGGAUCACUUCGCCGUCCGAGAGUGAUCUUCUCCCCCAUCCUUCGUCAUUCCGUACGGUCGAUGUGGAGCGCGAGGCCAACUUUGUGCGAGAUGCGCGAAAGCGGAUCCGCCUCGAACCCAGUCUGUUGGCCAAUACAGAUCUCAACUCACCUCAGGCUGCCUCUGUCCGGGCCCGAGCCCUGCCGAGUAUAUGUGCAUACACGCUACAUGAUGUGCCGGAAGGUGCCCCCUGCUGCACGUUUUCUCCCGACUCUUCUCUGAUGGCCGCUGGAUUUGCGGAGAGCUAUGUCCGUCUUUGGAGCCUGAAAGGUGAAAAAUUGCGGGGGUUCCGGAGUGAUUUCAAUUCAUCGUCGAUACGAGAUGCUGCGUCGCUGCGAAGAAUACGAGAGAAAGGCGGGAGCACGACCCGAAAACUAGUCGGACACAGCGGCCCAGUUUAUUCCGUGGCAUUUGAUCCGCUUAGCGGGUCAGCGGGCCCCCCAAAAUACUUGCUGUCUUGUUCGGCAGAUGCGACGACCCGCCUUUGGUCGAUGGACACUUUGACAAACCUUGUGGCUUUCCGGGGCCAUGAAAAUCCGGUUUGGGAUGUGAAAUGGAGUCCGCUGGGCGUAUAUUUUGCAACUGGUAGUCGCGACAGGACUGCUCGACUGUGGUCGACGGACAGGACAUCUUGCUUGCGAGUCUACGCUGGCCAUAUCAGCGAUGUCGAUUGUCUGCAAUUCCACCCGAACUCGCUCUAUCUUGCAACGGGAUCCAGUGACUGGACUGCGAGAUUGUGGGACGUCCAGCGUGGCUCCUGUGUCCGUGUUUUUGUUGGACACCAGGGCUCGGUCACGUCACUGGCCAUGAGUCCUGACGGCCGUUAUCUGGCAUCAGCGGGCGAAGAUCUAGCCAUCAACUUAUGGGAUUUGGGAUCCGGGAAGCGGAUUAAGAAGAUGACCGGACAUGCGUCGUCCAUCUACUCGCUGGCUUUCAGUGCCGAAUCCAGUCUGCUGGUCAGCGGCAGUGCUGACUGGACUGUGCGCUGUUGGGACGUGAAAGCAGCUGGGGGUCUCCGUCGCAAGCCCAGAGAAAACGGCAAUUCGUCCUAUACGCCGAUGGGGCUUGCCACCGGAGAUUCUGCGGCCCCCGUGAGUUAUUCUGACUAUGAUGACAACAACGAGACGACCGAUUUGUUGGCCACCUUCCCAACCAAAAGGACGCCCGUCACCAAUAUCCAGUUUACGCCGCGAAAUCUAUGCCUAGUCGCUGGGAACUAUCUUUCUUCGUAACUUGUAGCACCUGCUUUCUGUAUCAGAUUCGUUGUAUUUUCCCUUGUUCUCAAAGAGGAAACGCCGUUCCGCGUAACCUGCAACAAUUCAUAAUACUUUGCAAGUUGCAACAGAAUCGCCAGUCAUUGGCACUGGGCGUGAUCGCCGACGGCGCGAAUUACGCUGGCACGUGCCAACGCGUCUCUGUUUCCUGACUGUUCGUCUCCGAGCCUCUACUCCUGACUCGUCUCGAUUAUUCGGCCUCUCGUUGCAAUGACUGAAAUGGACGUCGAUGAUUCUAUGGAUGGUGGCAUCGCCCCAGCUCCUCAAAUCCAUGCCCCAACGCCCAUCGCAAGCUUGGACAUCUCGAACACACAACCCGUCCCCGCACCUCGCGAAACGUUCCGAGAUAUCCAAGCAAAAGUACAUAUUCGAAGACCUGACCGUGACUCCUGGGUGUACAUGGGCCGAGCGAUCGUAAGUCAAGAGAUGACGAGCCAGUCUUCUCGCGUUGUGGUCCGCGCCUCCUCAAACGGCAAGGUCAUCACAACGUUCAGCGAGAGCACUGAUCUUCAAGCUGAAAAACGCGGCAAUUUCGUGGUUAUCUCGGUCGUCCAGGGCUCCAGCGUCAUCUCGUGGUCUUUGAACGCGCUUAACAAUCGGAAACGCUCCGCCUUCUCGCCAGCAUCGAGCUUGCGUGCUACAAGUGCAAGCAGGCCGUAGCCGAUCCGCGACUGCAUUCCAAGUCCCGGCGUCGGAUCGAGCGGGUCAUCAAGGACGACAGACGCCGCCGCCAUCGUCGAAGGAAAGACCAGGACACCAUGAUUGAUCUGUUCUCGAAGCAAAGCAUAGCGUCACCAAGCGGUCCUCCCAUUGAGUCUUAGCUCUUUUGCGUCCUCCGUUGUAACCUGCUAGAAUUGCCGAUGCUAUCGAAUUCCAAUAUGGACCCAUGUAUUACCCUAGAUCUGUCUUGCACAAUGUUAACAUUUCGACUCCGAGUGCGCCCAAAUAAUGAUAGAUAGGAAGUCCAAUGGAUACAGAAUGGAACAGAAGGUGGAUAGAUGGUAAAUACAACGGCUAUGCUGAAUGCGAUUCGGGCUGUUCAGGGAUCUGCGCUGGUCUCCUCGACGCAGAGUACUGGGGAGGAAGCUCGACCACUUCCUCGUCUUCGCUCGGCACGUGGUCUUCCGAGUCGGUGUGUAAUACAUAGCGGAACGAUCUGCUCGGGCCUGCAGACAUCGUGGAUUUGCGCUGCGAAAGUGACGGGGCCGGGGCCGACGUGUUUUGUUCCAUGAAUGGCUCCACCUCUCCGACAUGGGACUCGGGGUUGAAAGGAUCCGGGUUUCCGUGUCCCGAAGUGCUGUACUGCGAUGCCUGAUAGUGCGACGGCGCUCGCGUGCCCGAUCCUGUCGGUGUACUGGACUCCAUGGCAAGGUUGGAGGAUACCGGGCUGAGGCCGGUGGAGAAUGGAUUCGAGUGACGACGGAGAUCAGUGACACCGAAACUCUCCGCUUUGUUAUUUUCUUGUCGUUUGCGCAGAAAGAACAAGCCAAGGGUGAUGAAAACAGCCAGAAAGAGCAGGGCGCCCAGCACCGACCCGGCGAUGGCGCCUAUGGGGGUGCCGCCAUUUGAUGACGAAGGUGACGAGCUCGAACUGGGGCUGGAGGUUGCUCCUGGCAGUGCGGUGGACGACGGUGAUGUGCUGUUAAUACAAUUCGUUACAUCCGAGAUCUGCACAGUCUUGAGGACACUGCCCCCUUGUCGAAGGCCGGCAUCGACCUGUCCCGAACCCUCCGUUACUGCGGCUGAUAGACGGAGAGAUAAGCUCACCAUGAAGAUGAUGACGUUCGUGUUAUUGUAUAUUGGGGUAGCAUCCCAUGUGAACGUCGUGGGCUUCGCUGCAGGGUGUAGGACAAAGGGGUCACCGCCUGGAAUGAGCCCGUACACCGUCACGGGCGCUAUUGCACCGGUCUGCAAGUAAUCACUCAGAGUGUAUGGUCUGCAAUGGGUUCAGAAAGAAGGUCGGCGCAAGAUGGCCGUGACUGACAGGCAUUGCUGCAAUUCCGUGUCCGUAAAGGUAAAUGGCAAGCUCGGGCUCGUGAGAUUGCAGCUCGAGUCCCCCUGAUCGACUUGCAGUAGCGGUGUCACUCCUCCGGCGCCAAAACCACUCGAGUCGGAGAGACUCAACACGAAACGAUCAGAAACGUUGAGUGCGAGAGUCGUCGCGAAGGAGUCAGCGGUGCUCGUGGAGGGUAUGGAUAUGUUGCGCGGGAUCCCAUAUUCUGGCACGACGGAGAGAUAAUAGCCUGAGCCUGAACCUCCUGGAGGCGAGGAGGUGGUCUCAGGUGAUGUUGAGCGAGCCGCAUUGCGAUGGUGUAGAGUGUGUGAAAGCGAAAGCGUUGGCAAGAGCGAGCGAUGAUAGAGAAGACAGGAACAACAAGAACGAAAGCAUUGGGAUAGGAUAGAGAAAGGG